ACAAAUUUUAUUUUUGAAUCCCAAUAAAUUAAAUUACCAACUACUUGAAAUCAUGUCAGUUUUAGAUGUUUUAAAGACCAAAUCCGGUGUCAUCUACGGAGAUGACGUUCGUCAAUUGUUUUUGUACGCCCAAAAGAAGGGUUUUGCUAUUCCAGCCAUUAACGUCACUUCUUCUUCCACCGUUGUUGCGGCUUUGGAAGCUGCCAGAGACAGCAAGUCCCCAAUCAUCUUGCAAACCUCCCAGGGUGGUGCCGCCUACUUUGCCGGUAAGGGUGUGGACAACAAGGACCAAUUUGCUUCGAUCCAAGGUUCUAUUGCCGCUGCUCACUAUAUCAGAGCUAUUGCUCCUGCCUACGGAAUCCCCGUGGUGUUGCAUACUGACCAUUGUGCUAAGAAGUUGUUGCCAUGGUUCGACGGAAUGUUGAAGGCUGAUGAAGAAUUCUUUGCUGAACACGGUACUCCUUUGUUCUCUUCUCACAUGUUGGAUUUGUCCGAGGAAGCUGAUGAAGAAAACAUUGGUACUUGUGCCAAGUACUUUGAAAAAAUGGCCAAGUUGGGUCAAUGGUUAGAAAUGGAAAUCGGUAUCACUGGUGGUGAAGAAGACGGUGUUAACAAUGAACAUGUUCAAAAGGAAUCCUUGUACACCUUGCCAGAAACCGUGUACAAGGUUUACGAAGCCUUGUCCCCAAUUUCUGAUAACUUCUCCAUUGCUGCUGCUUUCGGUAACGUGCACGGUGUUUACAAGCCAGGUAACGUGCAGUUGAAACCAUCCAUUUUGGGUGAUCACCAGGCCUACGCUAAAAAGCAAAUCGGUACUGACAAUGACAAGCCAUUGUUCUUGGUUUUCCACGGUGGAUCUGGUUCUACCCAAGAAGAGUUCGAUACUGCUAUCUCCAGUGGGGUUGUUAAGGUCAACUUGGAUACUGACUGCCAAUACGCAUACUUGAAGGGUAUUAGAGACUAUGUUUUGAACAAGAAGGACUACUUAUUGUCUCAAGUCGGAAACCCAGACGGUGAAGACAAGCCAAACAAGAAGUACUUUGACCCAAGAGUCUGGGUCAGAGAAGGUGAAAAGACCAUGAGUGAAAGAAUCACUGAAGCCUUGGCUAUUUUCCACACCAAGAACCAAAUCUAAGGUGUUUUUGUGUAGCAAAAUACAUUUUAUCUUGUAAAAUUGUGAGUGGGUAUAUCAUGGGUAGAAUAAUGUGUCACUGUGACAAUAACAUUUAUCUUGUAUCUUAUAUUAAGUCGUGAAUAUUUACAUGCUAUUAGUUCUUUGGUUGGUGGAGCAUCAGUUGCACCUUCUGGUAAUCCGGCAUUUUCUGGAUAUUGAAUUGCCGGUUAUAUUGUAGGGUUUCUCCCAUCAACCGGUUGGUCUUGAAAAACUUCUCUGCGCAUCUAUCAACACAACUUUGUUCACCGGUAUUCAAAUCGGCUUCACCAUAUUCUCGUGCUAUACACUUUGUAUUACACUUCAGCAAGAGCUUUUUGAACAUCAAAUUCUGGGCGUCGAAUUGAAUAUCUGCAAGUUUGAUCUUCUCUGGAUCCACAUUCUGGAACUGAGCUUGUCCUCCCAAGAACAACGACAUGUGUUGGCAGGUGUUAAAAUGUGUGCUCAGUGA